AUUACUUGAUAUUCAGAUUGGUCAGAUAUGACGUCUUUACUACCAAUAUUAACCACUACUAGGCUAUUAAUCAAUGUGCCGGUAACACUGAUUUGGGGACACCUGCUGGUUAAAAAAAUAUAAAGGUACACAGGACGCGCCAGUGACUCAAGAUGUAGGGAGCGGCAUCAUACGUAACAAGAUAUGAUGACAUAAAAAAAAGUCACGCUAAGAACAAUUCAUAUUUUGUGUUCGAUCAUUCAUAACUUCCAUCUCAACAUUUGAUUAGAAAAAUCGUAUUGGAAGAAUUAAUAUUUAAUUAGGGAGAAAUUUGUUGAAUGCACAUGAUUCUGAUCAUGUGCAUCACUGCACCUUCUCCCCCGUUUGUCUCGAAAGAGACAACGAGAGAGAGAAAGAGGGGAGAGAAGGGCUGGCGGUUGGGAUGAGGCCGAUUGACCAAUGUCUGGCUUUUACGCGCGAAGCACACUUCACGCACUUGCUGGUUUUUGCGCGCUGUGUAGUUUACUCGUUAUACGGAGGAUGCAAAUAAAUGUAUCAAUCGAUCAUGGGAACGUUUCACAACAGAGGAAUUUGACUUAAAUGCUUAGACCUGAAAGGACAAGAAUUAACUCAGUUUGCAGUUUCGUUAUAAAAGGGCUCAAGCAAUGGAAUCCAAUCGUCCGGGAAUCCGAGGGCUGAACCAACAACAUGCUCUCCUCUUUCUCUACCUGAGUCUUUGGAAUAAGGUAGCGGUGGCGAUGCACCCAGAUUGCGCCAUAAUCUCCCAUCACCUGCGGAGCCGUGAGAUUUGCCUCCAGACCAGGAAGAGCGAGGAGGAGCGGAACAAUUCGAGCAGCCGCAAAGGCUGUGAGACCCAGUGGGAUGAGGUGCGCUGCUGGUUCAACGUGGACGAGGGCCAGGUGGUCAACGUGUCCUGUUCCGAUAUCUUCCAGCACUUCUCUGCCGGUCAAGGCUACGUCUCCAGAAGCUGUACUGCCGAGGGCUGGAUGGACCUCUCUCCGCCCUACGAGGAGGCCUGUCUGUUCAGCCAUGACGAGGGACCUGAGUCUGAGGGUCAUUUCUCCACCAAGCGCCCCGUUACCCUCACCCAGUUCACCGUCCUGGACCAGCGCGGGCCCCCAAGGGCCUCCCUCAGACGCAGCUCUGCUGUGUGA